CGAAAGGUAGGCGAAACACCGCGGCAGGAGAUAACGCUCUUUAUAACCAACAUCCGCCGCCGCGGGCUGUCAUUCCAGGCGUCAGACAUGGAGGCCGCAAUGUCGCAUGCAAGUUUUCUCCUCGCCUUGCUCCUUUUCUCUCCGUUAACAGUAGAUGGUGCAGCAAUGCCAGACGCAUGCCAAGAGGACGCCAUCAUGGAAUGUCUGCAAAGGAGGGUUGCAGUCAUUGUGGAAGCAAAGGCGCUAACAGAUUUCAACAACCUUUACAAGGCCAUGUGCACCGGGAAGAAAGAGUCUUGCACUGACUUCCACGCACGUCCAGACUGUCCAAAGGACAAGAAGAUGGAACUGGCUCUUCAAGAGAGUUCUUGGGUGGCAGCAAUCGACACCCUCUGUGAGAACCAGGGAUCCCUUCUCAAGAAACUGCUGGUUACCUUCCAGUGCUGGAACCCGCACACGUUCCUCAGCUGUGUCGAGCAACUCGCACUGACGGCUACGCGUCUGGACUUCUUCACUGCCAUGCCGACUCAAAAGGAUUUGGAGGUACUGAAGGUGGAAUUAUCCAAGUGCGUCGACCGCUCCCGGGAAAACAGCACGGAGUGCGCACAGGCCGACGUGGAGCCCGUUGAAAGAGUUAUCGAGAGUUUCAUGGAACGCGCGGUGCCUGGAUACAGCGGCGGCGGCAAAGGAAGAGGCAACAUGGCCACGCAAGCCGGCUCGAGCUUCGCUGCCAUGCUGACCAUCGUCCUAGCUCUGGCUUUCACGAGGCGUAACUAGAGUUGAUGCCGAGAACAAGGACUGGCCUGGGAGCAAGUACGAUAUAGCAAGUGCAAAAGUUGCGUACAUUUGCGAAGCCGUAUUUUACUUGUGAUGUGUUCAGAACGUAUGCUGUCCGUGCGUUCCCCUCAACUCAUGUACAUUGUCAUUCUAGCACGGCAACAGUGAGAGACGUAUUGCCGCGUAUCGGAGCAGAUACAAAAAAAUUAGGGGCGGCUUCACACUAAUGGUGCGAAUACUGUGAAAACAGCGAAGCUGGUGCCCCUUCCCUAGCGUUAACUUUGCUUUACUUUGCUUAACUUGGUUUGGCUUGGCUGGUUCUUAGCGAAACUUAGCCGACCCCGAGUAUCGGGAUGAUAAAGGCUUCUUCUAAAGGCCACUUUAAAGUCCGACGUAGCGUUGACGCGCGAGUGCUCUCGGCACGGGGACGCCACGCCAGCGAAAGCGCAUCACUCUAUAGUCCGGCGCGAGGUGUAGCCGACGAACGCCGGAUACGUCGGCCACGCCUCACGCUGUGGCGAGGGUAGCGUGUGAGAGGGUGGUAACCUCACCGAGCGAUGACGUCACGUGUGUCGCCUAGCAACGUAUCGCACAAGCUGUGACGUCAUCGUAGGCGCAGUUGUCUGCUAACGCUCCACGGACGAACACACACACGUCUGAGCAUGCAAAGCAAGCGCCUUAUCCAGGACAUGCGGAACAGGUAUGCUGGGACACCUUGUGUAAACGUGUGCAAAGUUUAAAGAGAAAGAGCUUAGCCGCUAGCUUUCAGCAAGAACUGUAAGACUCAAUUUACUGCUCAAGGCAGCCUUAGCGUUUUGGCACUAUCCUACGUCCCGCCUAUGCCCCUAUAGUUUUGAAGUUUGUCCCCCAGCUUGUUCCUCGCGAAAUUAAUUUCAUUCCUGGAAAGUACUUUUAUACUUUUACACUUUUAUAAACACAAUGGUUUUGAAACGGCGUGCUGUCGAACACACCGUGGAGCCCCAAAACACCAUUAAUAUUUGGUAGUUUCCCCGCAACGGCCCCUAAUUACUCACCCACCUAUAGCAUUACCCACACCUCUACCUCAACACUUGCUAUGACUACCAGAAAUGUCAUUUAGCCUAAUGCGAAAUGCUCUUUCAGAAUUACUUUCGUCGGCAUGUCGAGCAGGCAGAAUUUUCAUGGACGUUUUGGGGCGGAAGUUUUCCACCGCAUCUGGUUGCACUAAUCGAUUCGCUGUAAAAUCGCUCGGCUGCAUUUAGUCAAAGUAUAUGACUUGAUGCUAAUGCCACCAGCAAGCAGCACUCACGGCAGUUCCUGUUUUCGAACCGUGCCAAAUUCCUUGGGGUACGAAUUCCUUGCACAAGAUUUUCCUCACCUGAGAGUACCUAUUCUACACGUUAACAAUGACAAGUCACUUAUUCGGUGAAAUAGGUGUACCGAGUUCCUUACUGAUCACAGUACCGCCUGUAUAUAGCUAUGACAUAGAUUUUCUGCAUUAUUUAUGCUGUUGUCAUGAGCACUGUUGUAAAUAAAAGAUUCAUGCUUUAA